AUGCCUCGGAGUGACAUUCUUCAUGCUGUUCAUGAAUUAACCAACUACAAUGAUAAAUUCGUAGAGGAAACAUACGGAAUUUCUGAUUCAAAGCUGUAUUACCACACAAACAAACGAAAAAGAAAGACCAAUUUGCCACAGAAGCGAGAACUAUCAGAGGAUGAAAUGGAAGACGCACAAAGUUCUGGACAUGAGUCUAUGGAACACGAUGAACCCAUUAAUUUGAUGAAACGUGAUUCCAUUCCCAACCACUCGAAUGAACAGAUGGGUGAUAAAAAUACUGAAGGUGCAUCAAUGGCCAACAGUCUCUCAGUGGAACAAAACCGCAUGUAUACGAUUCUUCUGAAUUAUCUUUUGAUGAAAUAUCACAUGCAAUCUGACCAAAAGGAUGCACCAAGUGUCACUUCGCUGAAUAAACUGGCCGGGCGCUUUCCGGACACUAAGAUCCCUGAUAUCAGCGUUUCACAAGGACCAGCGACUUUUGUGCCCCCUAUGUUUCCUCCUAUUGUACCCCCGACAUUUACUUCCGUGGAUGAGAGUGCCGUGUCCAUACAACUGAAAUCUUCCGUGAACGAGCGAAUGACUGAAUGGACGAGUGCCGUCACAUGGGAAUGCAUCCGUGUCGGCUAG